AUGGAAUUGAAGACUGUAUUUUUGCAUUUAUGCUUGACAAUGCUUCAAACAAUGAUACUAUGGUCGAAGGAAUUGAGUCCUGAGCAGCCAAAGAGGGUAUCCAUCUCAACGCGGCUUGGGCCCGUCUUCAUUGCAUGCCACACACUAUCCAUCUUGCCACCAUCAAGUUACUUGAGGCAAUCGGGGCCAUCUCCAAGACGGAAGCCCAAAAGGCCAUGUCCAGAAGUGGCAAUUAUCAAGAUUCCACAUCAGCACCUCUUGGUCGUUCUCAUGAUGACAACACUGCUGCGCAAGCUGACGGAGACCAAGAGGAGGAGGUUAGUUUAUCCCCUGAUGCAUCGGGCAAUAUAUUGCCUGCCAUUGAAAAGCUUCGUAAAGUCAUCUGCACAAUUCGUUCCAGCCCUCAGUGGAAGUAGGCAUGGUUCAAGCAACUUGAAGACUCAUUUCGGGGCAAGAACGGUGUUGAGCGACAACGUGCAUUGA